AUGCCGAAUAAAGUGCUACCCGUACAGGCCGCUACGCCGAGCGGCAUUGUGCACCAGGUUGAGGUGCCAGAUGACACGGCGCUCGACCAGCACGACGCGCUAGAAGCGGAGGGGCUGGGGAAGGACGCGGCGUCGGACGCCCCGGAGCUCAACCAGGCCAAUGCGCCGGAGGACAAGGCGCCCAGCAAAGGCACGAUGCCGGGCGACUCGGCGCCCGACAAGGACGAUGUGCUGGCCGACAAGGCGCCCGGCCAGGACGUGGUGCAGGACGACUCGGGGCCCGGCCAGGACGUGAUGCUCGACGAUUCGGCGAUCGCCAAGGAUGACCUGCUGGACGACGCGGCGCCUGCCAAGGACGACGUGCCGGUCGGCAAUAUGCCAGCCUUCGAGGGUGGGCGGGAUGUGCUCCAUACCGGCGGGCAUGACGACGACGAGCAGCAGGACUGCAAUGCGGGCACUACCAGUAGCUCAUCUCCCACAAAAAAGAGGGCGAGGCAGCAUAAGGUGUUGACCACGGAGUGUCGGUCGGCUAAAGUACCUCGGACCAGCAACAGUGCCGUUGUUGCUACGUCCAAACCGAAGGCUGCUACCAAAACAAAGUACAUGCACCGGAUGAAGACAUGGGAAGACCGAGAGAAGGUCAUUCUCGCGCAUAACGCUGUUGACAAUCUUGUCCCCGAGCUUCCUGAUAAAGAGUACGCGAACUGGGAUGUGUUUGAUGCCGCGCUGAAAGCGCACGAGAAAGCAAACUACUUGAAGUUCCGCGUCCGCAGCUCCGAAACCAAAGAAAAGCAGGACAGUCGUGGGAAGUCGAUGCCACUCCCCCCGAAAGUCCACAAGGAGCUUGGACUACUGAAAGAAAUGCGGGCGAGUAACCCGAACAUCAGCCGCUACUUGUCGGAUGAGCUGGGUGGGUGCUACUGGUGA